GCUAAAGCCAGGGCGGAACCUUUGAGCCGUUUCACAUUUCCUACACGGCCACUUUUACAACGGACCAAAGCAAAGUGCCUGGCGAAAUGGAAGUGAAAAACGCAAAUGCUGCUAUGCUCAGUAACUAUGAGGUGUUCAAACUCCUCACAGACCUGAAGGAGCAGAGGAAGGACAGCGGGAAGAACAAACACAGCGCCGGGCAGCAGAACCUCAACACCAUCAUGUAUGAGACACUGAAGUACCUUUCAAAGACGCCCAGCAGCAGGCAGACUCCAGAGAUCGUCAGAGAGUUCCUGACCACCAUGAUGCCUCACAAACUCACAAAGGCAGAAAAACUGCAGUUAUUGAACCACCGGCCACAGACAGCAGUGGAAAUUCAGCUUAUGGUGGAGGAGAGUGAAGAGCGGUUGUCAGAGGAGCAGAUCGAGGAGCUCAUCCAGAUGGUUGCAGACGUCCUACCUGGUGACCCAGAGCAGGAGAACGCAGCUCCAGCAGAUGCAGAGAUUGAUGAAGCCGUUGAACAGUCAUGACACAGCGAGAGACCCGACACCACCCGGAGGUAGAGAACUGGAGCGGAGGCUAGAAUGACUACGGAACUGGACUGGUUGCGUUAACCUGCGCUAUUUGAACUGAGCAACAUGCUGACAGACAGGAUUCACAACGACGGCCAUAUAAUUACCUCAAUAACUUUUGAAAUGACUCAUUAAAUACAUUAAUAAAUGGCAGGAGAUUGUU